GCAGAUAUAACCUCACACACUUGUCAAAGUGAAAAAGAUCUAUAUAGUAAAUAAUAAUAAUUUAUUUUUUUUUUUAUUAGGCGCAUUUUUUUUUUUAGAAUAUACAACAAAAACUUGAAAUUAAUUCACAACAAUGCAGAGAAAUUGCCAAUUUUUGUUAGUAUUUUCAUACGACGAAAAAUAUAAAAGUGAACAUUAUUUUCAAAAAUCGAUAAAAUUUUACAAUAAUUUUUUGUGAUUAUUUUUAUGCAGAGUUGUUGUUUUUUUUUUUUUUUUUAAUAAAAAUUGAUUGUUCUGGAAUAUAGAGAAAAUGUUGUCACGUAAAAAUAAAGAUUUGAGAACAAUUAAAGAAGGUGUUGUGGGUAAAUAUGUCAAGAAAGAAACUCCACCUGAAAUGCCAAUUAUUAAUGUUUGGACAACGGAACCAAAUAGAAGAACGAGAAGGCAAAAUAAUCAGCGAACACUUUCAGCUUCAAUGACAAUGUCACAGCAACCGAGUAUGGUGCAAAAAUUUGGCAAUACAAAAACAACAAUGAGCGCUGUGGGUUUAGGAAGUCAUGAGGGAAAAUAUACUCCAAAUAGUUCUGUUCCUGAUUUAGCACAAAGAUUCGCGAGUCUCUCAGUUCAUUCAGGAUCGAGUGAUGGAAUGUCACUAAGAGCUGCGACACCUUUAUAUAAUCCUGGAUUAUCGCCGGCAAUUUCUCACACCUAUGUCAAUCAAUACGCCGGUUCCGAGUACCAUUUGGACCGUAUUCAAACGCCCCAAUUGCCUCAUCUUCCUGUUGAAAUUGACGCAGGUUACGAAGAUUUUAAUCAAUUGCCCUAUCGUCACAAUACUGGCUAUAGUAGAGCACACUCGGAGAGAUCGAGUUCAAGAAAUGAACAAACGGAAGAACUUCCAUUGCCACCGGGAUGGUCAGUGGAUUUUACUCUUCGCGGUAGAAAAUAUUAUAUUGAUCACAAUACAAAAACAACACAUUGGUCUCAUCCUUUGGAGAAAGAAGGAUUACCAACUGGUUGGGAGAGAAUUGAAUCGCCUGAAUAUGGAGUUUAUUACGUAAAUCAUAUCACGAGGCAAGCUCAAUAUGAACAUCCAUGUUAUCCAUUGGAUAUGCAAGCAAUUCGUGUUGUUUCACCACCGCGACACACACAUUUUCAUUCGCAUAGUGUUUUAGUACCAGCAAAUCCUUAUUUACAUGAAGAAAUUCCCACAUGGCUACGUGUUUAUAGUCGCGCUUCAAUUGCACUCGAUAGAAAACUUCGUUGGGAAUUAUUUCGUUUACCUGAACUCGAUUGUUUCAAUGCAAUGCUCACACGACUCUAUAAAGAGGAACUCGAGGAAGUUGUCAUGCGAUACGAGGAAUACAGAUCUGCACUUUUGUGUGAAAUGGAAGAGAGAUUAAAAGAAUUGCAUCCUGAAUCAAAUGAUGCGAACGCCGGGGCAAUUGCUUUACGUCGAUCUCUACCUUGAUUUCUGGUAAAAAAAAAAAAAAAUUCAAAAUCAUCGACUGACAAAAGUGCCUCUCUUAAAAAGCGAAAAGAAAAUAUAAAUUAACUAAAUUAAUUAAAAUUGCAGUAAAAAAUUAAUUUUAAUUAAAAUUACUUGCAAUAUAAAUUUUAAUUAAUUUACAAUGUAAAAUAAUUGAAUGUUAAUUAUUGUUAACUUAAUAAUUGGAUUAAAAAAUAGUUUUUGAUAUUUAUAUAUAGAAAUAUUUCGUUAAAUAUUCACUAGGUUUUUUUUUUAGACAGGGAAAGAAAAAAUAAUUUUAAGAAACAAAGUUAUUUGACAAAUAUUUUUCUAAAUUGACAAAUUUUUUUUUUUUAGUGUGCAUGUGUGAGCGAUUUUUUUAUGAUCAAUGAACACAAGAAACUCAGUGUGUAAAAAAGGGAUUUUUUUUUUGUUUUUGUAAAAUAGUUUAUUAAUUAAUUUCUAUUAGCUAUUAAUAAUAAUUAUGUACAAGAAUUGUAAGGAACGAUUAAAAAAGAAAAAGAAAAUUA